AUGGUCACGGCUGGCGUGGUAGUGGAGGCAGGGUGGGUGUUGUCCCAGGACCAGCUGGCCCAGGACCACCUCCUGCAGGGGUUGUGGGGAGACACCAGAACCACCUGCCGAGGACUCAUCCUCGAUCUCACCACCAGCAGCAAUAUUGAGGUCAUCCAUAGGUUGGCUGAGGCAGCAGGAUUGAGGAAGAUGCCAGAUACGCACGUCGUGGUAGUGGGUGAAAAGGCUGGGGUGAAGGGGGUCCUUCUUCACCAUAGCCUCCGUAACACCAUCCAUGUCCUCUACCUGGCCCUCACCCUUCAUACCCUACCACGCCUCAGUUUCUCACGUCUCAGGAAGAUCAUCCCACAAGAUGACGUAAGAAGUGAGCGUGUGUGGGUGUACCGGCGGUGUCUCUACUGCAACAACGGGGAGGCGGACGUCCAACUUAUCCACCAGUAUAACAUCAAAACAUUCCCUAAGUCUACUGACAACCUAUUCCAAGAGCAGAUACAAAGUUUGAUGGGCCACCGACUGUCGAUCGUGUCAGUGCCUCACUUUCCAUACAUGGACUUCGACAGGGACAUCGAGCCAGGCAGCAUUAUCAUAGCCAAGGACUCCAUAGACACCCGCUUGAUCCACACAUUUGCAGCCAAACUUAAUUUCACUUUCGAACAUCGGGCUGAGCCUGAACUUACUUGGGGUCUUGAGAAGAACGGAACUUUCAACGGUAUGAUUGGUCAGCUUCAACGAGAAGAGACGGACUUCUGCACCAUAGCUGGUCCUACACCAGAACGCCUGAAAGUUGUAGAUUACCUGAGGGGAUAUCCCUCAGACCCGAUGACUGUGACGUCUCUGAAGCCUUCGCUGCUGCCUCAACAUCUCUCAUUAAUAAGACCUUUUGAAGGAGAACUGUGGGGGGCACUGCUGGCAAGCGUGGUAGCGUGGGGGGUACUCAUGUGGCUGAUGCAGAGAGCAUGGCAGUGGGUGGUAAGAGGUCGAGGCGUUAAGUUCAGUACUGCCCUCCUGUACGGCUGGGGGGCCCUCCUGGAGCAGCCGCCUCCCAACCCUUCUGUCAGCGACUCAGGACGACUGUUGGUGGGUUGGUGGCUGGUGUUCUGUCUGGUCAUCACCACGGGCUUCCGUUCAUCAUUGAUCGCUCACUUGACAGUCCAGGGUAAGACGGUGCCCAUAGAAAGCUUCGAGGACCUAGUGAAGCUAAACAACUGGAAGUGGGGCACUGAGCCCUGGCUACUUAAAGGCGUACCCUAUGAUUAUUUCUCAAAGCACACCGACCCAGUCGUACAGACGAUAUUUAAGCAUAUGGAGAAAGUAUCGGCUGAGGAGGGGCUGCAGAAAGUAAAAGCUGGCGGCUACUCUUUAAUUGACUGGGAGAAUUACCUCUCCAUCGUCAUAGCUUCCUACUACACUGAUGACCGUGGCAACACGCCCUUCUAUAUCAGUAAGCAGGGCAUCUCCAUAAUGGCUGCAUUUGGGUGGGGCUUUAGGAAAGGUGCACCAUUCUAUCGACGUUUUAGUCAGCUGAUGUUUCGAUUGGAAGAUGCAGGAGUUAUAAACCACUGGACUAAGGAGGUGAUAGCCAUGCGUGUGAAGGAGAACAGGGCUGCUGCACACUUGGUAAUUCAGGAAUUCCUCGGGGAUAUGACACAGGAUGGAAGGAAAGAAAUGUCCUUGGGGCUGCACCACCUACAAGGUGCAUUCUAUCUUCUCUUUUUGGGCAUUGGCAUCGCCUUCCUCAUUCUUCUGGGGGGAAAUUAACCCAAUAACGCUCCCAGUACAGUAGCAACUCAUGCUGACAGGCGGUGCAGGAAGGAAUACGUCAACCAUCCUAGUUCUACUUGUGAGCAGGGCGGUGCCCUUCUGAGAGCCGAGUUAGUGAAGGUCAAGGACGAAAACUUUAAAUUAAAGGAAGUGAUAGCGAGGAUGAAGGAGGAAGACACGAGACAAGGAAAGUCCGUGUCUGACAAAAACUCAGGUGAAUGGAAGGAAGUGAAAAGAAAAACGACCAAACUGGUGGUGAGAAAAGACACAUAAGAACAUAAGAAGAACAUAAGAAAAUAAGGUUGGC